AUGGUGAAAAGGAAGUUGGGGGCCUUGGAAAAGGUCGAGGCUGAUCUGCCUAACUUGCAACAUAAAAUCCGACGAGACCCCAAGUCAUAUAUCGAAGACUUUCGCGCUCAACACUAUCAGUAUGAGAGCCAUCGGGAAAUUUUCAUGGCGGCACCCGCAUCGGCCACCGAUACAGGCAUUAUCUCACUCAGAGAAUUAAUAGAUUUCAUUGCGCAUGUGGCCGAUUGCUAUCCCGACAUUACCAAGGAAUUCCCGCAGCAGCUUAUGGAUAUCUUGUCGCAACACCACUUGGUCCUGGAACCAGAACUGCGAGAGAAGAUCGUGGGCAGUCUGGUUCUUCUGAGAAAGAAAGAGCUGCUGGAUUCAGCGACGCUCCUUCAGACGCUCUUCCCGAUUCUGAUCACCACGCCCAGCAAGACGCUGCGGGCUCUGAUUUUCCAAAAGAUUCUCAUGGACCUCCGCUCAUCUAAUGCCAAGACGACGAAUCACAAACUCAACCGUACCAUGCAGACUGUGCUUUUCAAUUUGGUCACGUCAGACCGUACAUCUUCUAAGGGAUUAUGGGCUAUCAAGCUCACUCGUGAGCUGUGGAAGCGGCAGAUCUGGUCAGACGCCAAGGCUGUCGAGGUCAUGAAAGAGGCCAGUUUAGCCGAAAACGAAAAGGUUAUUGUUGGGGGUGUGCGCUUUUUCCUGGGAGGAGACAAAGAGCGGGAGGAAAUGGAGGAUGAAAGUAGUGACGAGGAGAUCGAUGUGGGACGGGUCAAACACCAGGUCGGCAUCAACAAGAAGACCCGGAGCAAAGCCCGCGCCAUCGAGAAGGCAAAGGCCACGAUUAAGAGGAGAGAGCGCAAGAAGAACCAACCUCACCAGUUGAACUUUUCUGCGCUGCACCUUUUGCAUGAUCCGCAGGGAUUCGCGGAGACGCUCUUCUCGAAGCACCUCCAAAACACGAAGUCCAAGCUGAACUUGGAGCAGAAGCUCAUGGUUCUGCAGCUCGUCACCCGUCUUGUUGGUCUGCAUAAACUGCACAUCAUGCAUCUCUACUCCUAUUUCCAGAAAUACCUAACCCCCCGUCAACCCUCCGUCACGUCCUUCUUGGCCUCGCUUGCCCAAGCAUCGCACGAUCUGGUUCCCCCGGAUGAUCUUGAACCACUCGUUCAGAAAAUUGCGAAUGAGUUCGUUUCCGAAGCGUCAGCAUCAGAAGUGGCUACGGCUGGACUCAAUGCCAUCAGAGAGAUCUGCGCGAGACAGCCGCUCGCAAUGAACGAGACUUUGCUUCAAGAUCUUGUCAUGUACAGGAAGAGUAAAGAUAAGGGUGUCGUGAUGGCGGCCAGAGGCCUGCUUAGUCUCUUCCGUGAGCACAACCCGGAAAUGCUCAAGAGACGUGACCGUGGUAAAGAAGCGUCUAUGGGUCUCCGGGCGGGGGAGAAGAAAGAAAAGCGUUUUGGAGAACAGGAGUCCGGUGGUAUCGAGGGUCUGGAGCUUCUUGAACAGUGGAAGCAGGAAGAGCGAAAGAAGAGGCGUGCUGAGAAGGGUCUUCCUUCUGAUGCGGAGGACGAUGAAGAUGAUGACGAAGCUGAUUGGGCCAACUGGAACGUGGAGGACGAUGAUGAUAGCGACAGUUCCGGUGGUUGGAUCGACGUCCAAAGCGACGCCGAGAUUGAUCUCAGCGACUCAGACGAUGAAAAGGACGGCCCUCCUGCUAAGAAAGCUAAGCAGGAUGAAAACAAAGAGUCGGCCAAGCCUGAGGAGAAGAAGGACCCGCUGGCUCUGGCAACUACCCGUAUCCUCACGCCAGCUGAUCUCGCUAAGCUUCAGGAACUGCGCAAUGAAGCCGCCGUCAAUGCGCUUGUGUCCGGUCCCAAGAGCCGUCGUGGCCAAAACAACACCUCUCGUGGCACUGAUGAGGCUUUGACUGCGGCAGAAAUCGAGGGAUUGGCUGCUCUGUCUGCAGGAAAGGCAACCCGCGAGGAGCGAAUCGCCCAUGCCAAGGAAGGGAAGACCGAUCGCUCCGAGUAUAAGAGUGUGACGGCUAGGAGAAAGGAGCGCAAGGAGGAGCAGGGCAAGAGUACUACCAACAAAGAGAAGGCCCGCAGAAAGAACUUCUUCAUGACCCUGGGCAAGGCGAAGUCCAAGGGCAAGCGUAGUCUUGUGGAAACGCGGAAUGUCUUGAAAGCCCAUCAUGAGAGACAGAAGAGAGGUGGAAGGAGGGGAAACAAUGGUUAA